AUGACAUCCCAAGCUGCGCUCAACCCGGACGAGCAGCCCGACGACACCGUCGAGCCCGCCACGCUCGUCCUCCAGGGCCAGUCCAUCCUCGAGGGCAAGUCGACGGCAUACCACAUGGACCAAGGCGUGACGUCCCCGCAAAAGAGCUCCAUCGCGUUUGAGCGCAUCCCGCCCGACGCCCAGCCCCAGCACCUCUACUACCUCGUCCACCCGCCGCACGCGCACUACCGCACCGACAAGCCCGCAUACUACACGACCGCCGUCGCCGCGCCCCCCGCCCUCGGCAACAUGCGCCUCGCGCCGUGCAAGCCGUCGCUGCCGCUGCUGCAGCGACAGUCCUUUGACGGGGUGCUGAGCCCCGGCCGGACAGCGUCGCAUGACCCGCUCUUCGCCGAUGCCGCCGCGGAGCUGCCGGUGUUUCGGGCCCGGGCGGGCCGCUGGAUGGCGGGUGGGGGCCGGUACACGUGGACGGACGAGCACGGCCAGACGGUUGCGGAGGAGACGACGGGGCGAGAGGGGCAGGGGGAAAGCAGCCUGGUGGUGAGGGCGCGGAUGGGGCGGGCGCGGAGGGAUGCGCUGGUGGCGCUGUGGGUGCUGAGGGUGUGGCACGACGGGGCGGAGAGCAGGGGCGCGAAGAGAGCGGAGCUGGAGCGGAUGACGCCGCUGCAGAAUGUCAGUGUGGAUGGCAAGAUGGGGAAGCGGACGGCGGCGCUGGGUGGGCUGGCUGCGGGGGGCUGA